UGCUCAUGUCUGGAUGGAUUCACUGCAACAAACUCAAGUCUCCUCAUCAGCAUCAGUAACACAUGUAGAGAUGUGAAUGAAUGUGUUGAGAUAUCAGACAUCUGUGGUCCAAACUCAAUCUGCAACAACACUGUUGGGAGUCACAAUUGCUCGUGCAUGAGUGGAUAUAAUGUAACAGACCCAAACCUCCCUAUAAACAGCAAUAACACAUGCAAAGAUGUAGAUGAAUGUCUGUUCAGUCCAUCUGUAUGUGGUCCAGAUUCCAACUGCACAAAUGAAAUUGGAAGUUGUAAUUGCUCAUGUCUGGAUGGAUUCACUGCAACAAACUCAAGUCUCCCCAUCAGCAUCAAUAACACAUGUAGAGAUAUUCAUGAAUGUCUUGACUCAGUAUCAGUGUGUGGACUAAACUCUCACUGUUACAAUUACAACGGAAGCUUCUCAUGUUUUUGUUGGGAAGGAUAUAAUGUCUCGGAUGGAAAUAAAGAUAUUUCCAAAAGUAAUCCAUGCAUCGAUAUAAAUGAAUGUCUGUUCAGUCCAUCUGUAUGUGGUCCAGAUUCCAACUGCACAAAUGAAAUUGGAAGUUAUAAUUGCUCAUGUCUGGAUGGAUUCACUGCAACAAACGCAAGUCUCACCAACAGCAUCAAUAACACAUGUAGAGAUAUAAAUGAAUGUCUGUUCAGUCCAUCUGUAUGUGGUCCAGAUUCCAACUGCACAAAUGAAAUGGGAAGUUACAAUUGCUCAUGUCUGGAUGGAUUCACUGCAACAAAUUCAAGUCUCACCAUCAGCAUCAAUAACACAUGUAGAGAUAUAAAUGAAUGUCUGUUCAGUCCAUCUGUAUGUGGUCCAAAUGCCAAAUGCACAAAUGAAAUUGGAAGUUACAAUUGCUCAUGUCUGGAUGGAUUCACUGCAACAAACUCAAGUCUCACCAUCAGCAUCAAUAACACAUGUAGAGAUAUAAAUGAAUGUCUGUUCAGUCCAUCUGUAUGUGGUCCAGAUUCCAACUGCACAAAUGAAAUUGGAAGUUGUAAUUGCUCAUGUCUGGAUGGAUUCACUGCAACAAACUCAAGUCUCCCCAUCAGCAUCAAUAAUACAUGUAAAGAUGUGAAUGAAUGUGUUGAGACAUCAGAUAUCUGUGGUCCAAACUCAAUCUGCAACAACACUGUUGGGAGUCACAAUUGCUCGUGCAUGAGUGGAUAUAAUGUAACAGACCCAAACCUCCCUAUAAACAGCAAUAACACAUGCAAAGAUAUUCAUGAAUGUCUUGACUCAGUAUCAGUGUGUGGACUAAACUCUCACUGUUACAAUUACAACGGAAGCUUCUCAUGCUUUUGUUGGGAAGGAUAUAAUGUCUCAGAUGGAAAUAAAGAUAUUUCCAGAAGUAAUCCAUGCAUCGAUAUAAAUGAAUGUCUGUUCAGUCCAUCUGUAUGCGGUCCAAAUGCCAACUGCACAAAUGAAAUUGGAAGUUAUAAUUGCUCAUGUCUGGGUGGAUUCACUGCAACAAACUCAAGUCUCUCCAUCAGCAUCAAUAACACAUGCAAAGAUGUGAAUGAAUGUGUUGAGAUAUCAGAUGUCUGUGGUCCAAACUCAAUCUGCAACAACACUGUUGGGAGUUACAAUUGCUCGUGCAUGAGUGGAUAUAAUGUAACAGACCCAAACCUCCCUAUAAACAAUAAUAACCCAUGCAAAGAUAUUCAUGAAUGUCUUGACUCAGAAUCAGUGUGUGGCCCGAACUCUCACUGUUACAAUUACAACGGAAGCUUCUCAUGCUUUUGUUGGGGUGGAUAUAAUGUCUCAGAUGGAAAUAAAGCUAUUAGUAAAGGCAACCCAUGCACUGAUAUAGAUGAAUGUUUGUUCAGUCCAUCUGUAUGUGGUCCAAAUGCCAACUGCACAAAUGAAAUUGGAAGUUAUAAUUGCUCAUGUCUGGAUGGAUUCACUGCAACAAACUCAAGUCUCACCAUCAGCAUCAAUAACACAUGUACAGAUAUAGAUGAAUGUCUGUUCAGUCCAUCUGUAUGUGGUCCAGAUUCCAACUGCACAAAUGAAAUUGGAAGUUACAGUUGCUCAUGUCUGGAUGGAUUCACUGCAACAAACUCAAGUCUCACCAUCAGCAUCAAUAACACAUGUAGAGAUGUGGAUGAAUGUGUUGAGAUAUCAGACAUCUGUGGUCCAAACUCAAUCUGCAACAACACUGUUGGGAGUCACAAUUGCUCGUGCAUGAGUGGAUAUAAUGUAACAGACCCAAACCUCCCUAUAAACAGCAAUAACACAUGCAAAGAUGUAGAUGAAUGUCUGUUCAGUCCAUCUGUAUGUGGUCCAGAUUCCAACUGCACAAAUGAAAUUGGAAGUUGUAAUUGCUCAUGUCUGGAUGGAUUCACUGCAACAAACUCAAGUCUCCCCAUCAGCAUCAAUAACACAUGUAGAGAUAUAGAUGAAUGUCUGUUCAGUCCAUCUGUAUGUGGUUCAGAUUCCAACUGCACAAAUGAAAUUGGAAGUUAUAAUUGCUCAUGUCUGGAUGGAUUCACUGCAACAAACUCAAGUCUCCCCAUCAGCAUCAAUAACACAUGUACAGAUGUGGAUGAAUGUGUUGAGAUAUCAGACAUCUGUGGUCCAAACUCAAUCUGCAACAACACUGUUGGGAGCCACAAUUGCUCGUGCAUGAGUGGAUAUAAUGUAACAAACCCAAACCUCCCUAUAAACAGCAAUAACACAUGCAAAGAUGUAGAUGAAUGUCUGUUCAGUCCAUCUGUAUGUGGUCCAGAUUCCAACUGCACAAAUGAAAUUGGAAGUUACAAUUGCUCAUGUCUGGGUGGAUUCACUGCAACAAACUCAAAUCUCCCCAUCAGCAUCAGUAACACAUGUAGAGAUGUGAAUGAAUGUGUUGAGAUAUCAGACAUCUGUGGUCCAAACUCAAUCUGCAACAACACUGUUGGGAGUCACAAUUGCUCGUGCAUGAGUGGAUAUAAUGUAACAGACCCAAACCUUCCUAUAAACAGCAAUAACACAUGCAAAGAUAUUCAUGAAUGUCUUGACUCAGUAUCAGUGUGUGGACUAAACUCUCACUGUUACAAUUACAACGGAAGCUUCUCAUGCUUUUGUAGGGAAGGAUAUAAUGUCUCAGAUGUAAAUAAAGAUAUUUCCAAAAGUAAUCCAUGCAUCGAUAUAAAUGAAUGUCUGUUCAGUCCAUCUGUAUGUGGUGCAAAUGCCAACUGCACAAAUGAAAUUGGAAGUUAUAAUUGCUCAUGUCUGGGUGGAUUCACUGCAACAAACUCAAGUCUCUCCAUCAGCAUCAAUAACACAUGCAAAGAUGUGAAUGAAUGUGUUGAGAUAUCAGAUGUCUGUGGUCCAAACUCAAUCUGCAACAACACUGUUGGGAGUUACAAUUGCUCGUGCAUGAGUGGAUAUAAUGUAACAGACCCAAACCUCCCUAUAAACAAUAAUAACCCAUGCAAAGAUAUUCAUGAAUGUCUUGACUCAGAAUCAGUGUGUGGCCCGAACUCUCACUGUUACAAUUACAACGGAAGCUUCUCAUGCUUUUGUUGGGGUGGAUAUAAUGUCUCAGAUGGAAAUAAAGCUAUUAGUAAAGGCAACCCAUGCACUGAUAUCGAUGAAUGUUUGUUCAGUCCAUCUGUAUGUGGCCCAAAUGCCAACUGCACAAAUGAAAUGGGAAGUUACAAUUGCUCAUGUCUGGAUGGAUUCACUGCAACAAACUCAAGUCUCACCAUCAGCAUCAAUAACACAUGUACAGAUAUAGAUGAAUGUCUGUUCAGUCCAUCUGUAUGUGGUCCAGAUUCCAACUGCACAAAUGAAAUUGGAAGUUACAAUUGCUCAUGUCUGGAUGGAUUCACUGCAACAAACUCAAGUCUCCUCAUCAGCAUCAAUAACACAUGUAGAGAUAUAAAUGAAUGUCUGUUCAGUCCAUCUGUAUGUGGUCCAAAUGCCAACUGCACAAAUGAAAUGGGAAGUUACAAUUGCUCAUGUCUGGAUGGAUUCACUGCAACAAACUCAAGUCUCCCCAUCAGCAUCAGUAACACAUGUAGAGAUGUGAAUGAAUGUGUUGAGCUAUCAGACAUCUGUGGUCCAAACUCAAUCUGCAACAACACUGUUGGGAGUCACAAUUGCUCGUGCAUGAGUGGAUAUAAUGUAACAGACCCAAACCUCCCUAUAAACAGCAAUAACACAUGCAAAGACAUAAAUGAAUGUUCGUUCAGUCCAUCUGUAUGUGGUCCAGAUUCCAACUGCACAAAUGAAAUUGGAAGUUACAAUUGCUCAUGUUUGGAUGGAUUCACUAUAACAAACUCAAGUCUCCCCAUCAGCAUCAAUAACACAUGUACAGUACCACCAACAACAGCUGUAACAAUACCUACACUUACAACAACAGUACCACCAACAACAGCUGUAACAAUACCUACACUUACAACAACAGUUCUUCAGAUGUCAAUGAGACUAGAAGACGUUUUUGAUACCAGUCUCAACAACAACAAAGAUGAGAUGUUCACACGCUAUGCCAGUAAAAUUGAAUCAGCAAUUGAAGAAAGUUACAAAAAUGUGCCUGUCUAUAAAAAAGGUUCAGUAAAAGUUACUCUUUUUAGGCCUGGUAGCAUUAUAGCAGACUAUGAAUUUGAAUCAACAACCAGCAGCCCCAACAGCCCUGAAUUUGCAGAGGCAAACAAACAGGUCGGCAACAUUCUCAUAAGAGAAGGAUUCACUGUACCUCCGAAUGCUUUUGCUGAAAGUGAACAAAAGAACCUGUCCACUGCAGAAAAAUGGUAUCCUGAGCAAAAUAUGGUGCUAAAAUGCAUACGCCCAGAUUCUGUUGAGGGUACAAUGAGAUGGACAGUGAACGAAGAUCCUCCACUAAACACCAAUAAAUACUUUAUUUCAUCUGACAGUAGCACUCUCACUGUGAAGAGCGUCAGUGUGCAUGACAGAGGUCGAUACACAUGUAUCAUAGACAGGACAAUACCUUACAUUCAAUGGCAAGAUAUAGUUAUUGAACCACUUCCCAAUAUCAUAGUGGGUCAAAAUGAAAGAAAGUUCCAGUGUGAAGACCAGACUAUUUCACUGAAAUGCUGUGAAGAAAAAAACAGUGUGGAGUGGACCCAAACAACUUCUGAUGAUGUUGUGGCACCUCCAGAGGAUGGAUGCAUCACGUUAAAUCAUAUAAUCAAAAACGGAAAUUGUGGGAGUAAAACCUUUGUAUGUCGACUCAAGAACCUGGCGCUUCAAGGUUUCAGCUAUGGUAGUUCAAAUGUUACAGUUAACAAAGUAAUCGAAAAGUUUAGCUGUAAAAAUGAAACGCUUGGAGAUGGAAAGGAAGGUGAAACUUUGACAGGGCCCUGUGAAAGAGGCAAGGAAGGCAUCAUAAAAUAUAGAUGUAUAUCAGGUGAAUGGAAGUCUGAAGAGUCAAACUGUAUACUUCAAGUUAUCUUAGACCUUGAAAAGGAAGUUCAGGCUUUGGUGGUGCAGGACAUACCAGAGUUUGUGGCUGCGCUUAGUAAUGCUACAGAGAAGAAUGAUGAUGAGAUAGCACAGUCUCCUGUGACUGUCCGAACAAUUGUUGAAAUACUUAUAAAAGUUGCUGAUAUUUCACAAAACAUUAUCAUUAAUCAGCUUGUGAUGGAGGGUUUCCUUAACACAGUGAAUAUCCUUGUUUCGGAAUUGGCCUUUGGUUCAUGGGAAAAUUUGAACAAUAACAGCAGGACUGAUAACACCAGCACUGCACUUCUAAGAGCUAUUGAGAACAUAACAGCCCGUCUCACAGAUGGCAAUUUUACGAUUAAUGAAACAUCUCUUGAGUUGAAUAGAACUGUAACAACCAGCACCUCAUAUAGUGGAAUAUCAAACCUGCCAAACUCAACUACCGAGAUUGAGAUUCCACAGAUUCCUAUAUCCACCCCUAUAACCAUCAUAGUCUUCACAACUCUUGACAAAAUCCUACCUACUCGUAAUACUACUACCAGUAGUAGUAAUAACAGUAGUAAAUCAGAUGUGCGCAUCAAUGGAGAUGUGGUUGUAGUUAAGAUUGACAACAAAACAAUUAACAACAUAUCUUUUGCGUUUGACAUUACUGAUCAGUCUUUGGGAAAUUCUCAGUGUGUCUUUUGGAACUUUAAUCUUGACGCAUGGGAUUCCACUGGGUGUGAAGUAAAGCCCUAUAUAAGUAAAGGGAAUGAAACUGGCAAGAUUACAUGUGAAUGCAACCACACAACCUCUUUUUCAAUCUUAAUGUCACCGUUUUCCAUUAAAAACAUAGCCUUAGCCUAUAUAACUUACAUUGGUGUAGCUAUCUCGAUGGCCAGCUUGAUUUUGUGCCUCAUUAUCGAGAUUAUUGUGUGGAAGUCAAUGACAAGAAAUGACACAUCCUACAUGCGACAUGUCUCCAUAGUCAACAUUGCCGUGUCCCUGCUGAUCGCAAACAUCUGUUUUAUCAUUGGAGCUGCAAUCGCAGAACAAGAACAGCCAACCUCAGUGGGUCGCUGCAGUCCAGCGGUUUUCUUCAUGCACUUUUUUUACCUGGCUCUUUUCUUCUGGAUGUUAAUGUCGGCACUGUUGCUCUUUUACCGUACAGUCAUGGUCUUGUCUCAAAUGUCAAGGGCCAAAAUGAUGGCCAUCGCCUUCAUAGUCAGUUAUGGUGCACCUUUGCUCAUAGCGGUCAUCACUGUUGCCUCAACAGCUGGACCUCAAAAUUAUAUUUCCAAAAGAAAUGCAUGCUGGCUGAACUGGAACGAAUCAAAGGCCCUGCUGGCAUUUGUGAUUCCGGCUCUCACUAUUGUAGCCAUAAACCUUGUAGUUUUGAUUGUGGUUCUGUACAAGAUGUUGAGGAGAGGAGUUGGUGCCGCAACUCAACCAGAUGAGAAACAUGCCCUGGUGGUCAUUGCCAGAUGUGUGGCCAUUUUAACUCCUAUCUUUGGUCUAACAUGGGGAUUUGGCAUUGGAACCAUGGUGUCACAAGAUUUAGGCAUUCAUGUGGUGUUUGCACUCCUCAAUUCACUGCAGGGAUUCUUUAUUUUGGUGUUUGGAACGCUUUUAGACAGCAAGAUCCGUGAGGCUCUGGCAGGAAGACUGUCACUAAGGAACCUUACCAGCUCUAACCGUACCAGGAGUACUAGUGCAGGACCAUCAUCUUCAAGCGGACUGGGUUUCUUUCAAAGGAUGCGGAGAAGAAAUAUGCACAACAUAUCUGAAGCCAGCGCUCUCUCAGCAGCUACAUCUUCACACAGCUCCAGUGGCACAGAUACUUUGAAUGCAUAAUCAGCUACUUCAUAAACUAUAGUCUACUUUAUUAAAUGUUAAACAGCCUUUUCUAAACAAGUUUUCUACACUGCAAGUAUAUGUAAACUGCACUGCUACUGAUUUCUGGGGUGAGGUGUUUUUAUGUUCUGAAGUAUUAAUAAAAAAUGGCUUAUAAUCUACACAUCUAAUAUUUUAUCAAGGAUAAGUACAGUACCUAAACCACUGAUCUAUAACAGAAAACAUUUAUAUCGAUCAGUGAGCUAAAUGUGUAAUAUUUGACAAUUGUUUUACACUAACAUAAAUGACCAACAAUUUCCAGUGAUGCAAAUGUCGUUUUGAAUUGAAAGUAGUGCUGUCAUUUACAUAAUUCAUGUAAUUUAUGAUUGAAUACAAUGAGACGAGCAUUUUUCAGUUUUGCAUUUUCGGUGUAUUAGGAAUACUAAUAAAAAUGAAAUGGGU